ACACCGUGGGCAAGGGCAGUAAACAGUUAGCGGAACAGAACGGAAGGCAAAACAUCGUUCUAAGUUGAUCAGUGAGCAGCGCUCAAGUAAAUUAAACCAUCUGGUAGUCAGCUGUCGGUGAAAGAAGUUCCAUUUGUUCGAUCCACGUGUGUCGGAAGUCUCCCUUUCCUUACCUGUUCCGACGAACAGCGCGCGUACCGGUGUGUUAUUCAUCCUCCCUUUUCGGAAGCGCAAGAAGAGGGCAAAGAAGAAGUUUCCCUUUUUGUUGAGCCGCCCCCUUUGCCAACACACUCCCCGGUCGGUCGCGAACCAUCGGCUCGUGGCGGCCGUCAUCAUUUUUAGGUGAAAUCGCACGCAGACAGCGAACGACGGGCAACGGUGCACGGUGCCUGUGUGUGGACUUGUUUUGCAAAUCCAUUUCAUCGACUCUACUCUGCCCCUUAGUGAACAAUCGGUUUGUGCUCGUGCUAUUAUCGAUUUCGCGGUGUGGCUGACGGCGCUUGUUGCGUAGUUUGCGUAGCGAACGUGGAUGCAGUAGUCCUUCGUCGUACAAACGAACGGCUCUUGCUGCUACUGCCGCUUCCGGAUUGUCCAGCAUCAACAGGCGGACACCAUUUAGGAAAGAAAAAAACACAAGGGAACUGUUGAAACUCUUCCAAAGGCGCGCACCCGUAAUGAGCGUGUAAGAUCGUGCACCAUUUCACGCAAAGACAGACAGGACCCCCUUCCCAUGUGCUACCGGCGAACAGUAAAUAGCUCUGUGCAUAUAGUUUGGCUUCACUUAUGAUGGUUUAAACCGAGUCACCUAGCCGCUACGUCCCCCUUCACCGCGCACCCAAACAUACACAAUCGUAGUUGUUUCACGCGUUGCACGCAAGUAGUUUGGCGUUCGUCUUUAGGUUUACAUUCUCUCCGUUACAAUUGCCUUUUGCGCGGGGCAGCAAUACGCGUUUCGUUCAGUACCCCUUUAGUGCAAUAACCAGUACGCUAGACUGUAGACAGAGUGUAGGAACAAGCUUUCCAAAAAGACACAAACAAACCCACCUCCCCAAAUACUACAAGUAGCAGUAAAGUUUAAGUGGAAAAGUGUUUGGAAAAGCACACACAAAAUGGCAGGCUUUCUGUCGAUGCUCAAGCAGUCGACGCUUGUACACCUUUGCUUUGCGAUUUCAUUCUUUACCUCCGGGCUGAUCAUCAACACCGUACAGUGCAUCCUGUACGUCGGGCUGAAGCCGUUCAACAAGCAUCUCUAUCGAACGAUCGGUUACUAUCUUUGCUAUUCGUUUUACUCCCAGCUUGUCUUUCUGGCCGACUGGUGGUCGGACACGAAGCUAAACGUGUACGCUAGCGACGAGGACAUGAAGUACUGCGGCACCGAGCACGUGCUGCUGCUGAUGAACCACACGUACGAGAUCGACUGGCUGCUCGGGUGGAUGUUCUGCGAGAAGGUGCGCGUGCUGGGCAACUGCAAAGCGUACGCGAAGAAGGUCAUCCAGUACAUACCCACCAUCGGGUGGGCGUGGAAGUUUGCCGAGUUUGUGUUUCUCGAGCGCUCGUUCGAGAAGGAUCGGGAAAUCAUUGGCCGGCAGAUUAACGAAAUCCUCGACUAUCCCGACCCGGUGUGGCUGCUGCUGAACGCGGAAGGUACGCGCUUUACCGAGCAGAAGCACGAAGCGUCGGUGAAGUUUGCGCAGGAGAAGGGUAUGGUGCCGCUGAAGCAUCAUCUGAUCCCUCGCACGAAGGGUUUCACCGCGAGCUUGCCGUUUCUGCGCGAAAAGUGUCCGGCCGUGCUGGACAUUCAGCUGGCCAUUAGCAAGGACUCGAAGGUUAAGCCGACGAUUUUCAACAUCCUGAACGGCAAACAGAUCGAGGCGCACUUGUGCGUGCGCCGUUUCCCCACCGGGACGCUGCCGGAGCGCGAGGAAGACGCCGCCGUCUGGCUGCAGGAUCUGUUCCGCGAGAAGGACCGAAUGCAGGACAGCUUCCACCGGACCGGUAGCUUCUUUACCGAUUCCGGCGUGGCCGAGCGGCCCAAGCUGCAGCUGCACCGCCGACCGACGACGCUCGUCAAUACUGCCUUCUGGGUGGUGGCCACCCUUACCCCGAUGCUCUACUACCUGGUGAUGCUGCUGUUCAGUGGCGAGAUUCUGUACUUUUCGAUCGGUGCCGGCAUUCUCUUUGCCUUUUACAUGCUGAUGGUGAAGGCGAUCGGUAUGUCCAAGAUCAGCAAAGCUUCGUCGUACGGUGCGGAAAAGCUGAAAAAUGGCCACAGUCCCACCCACGAACCGGUGGAACCGACCGCUGCCGAAUCGUCCAAGGAUAAGUAGAACCACCAUCGCCGGCCCCGCCAACAAAACAAAAACUCUAUUUACACCCACCCCCUACAUACUGAGGCGAACGCGCGCGCGGAAGUUUUUUGUUGUGUAAUGGACAAAAGGGAGAGAGGCACUAGAGAGAGAGAGAGAGAGAAGCAGGGAAGGCAGCUUUUUUGUACAUGCCUAGAUGCUAUAUAUACAUACAAACAUACAACGGGAUGUGGGAUAUACGCCCAUACGGGAAGGCGAGUGCUGGUUUAGCUAUUGCGGAGGCAUUGGUUUUUGCAUGCUGCCCCCGAGCUAGCUGUGUUGCAACGGUGUCCUGUCCUGUUUUGUGCCAAACUGUGGCGACGCGUUGUGGUAAGGCUACUACUACUACCCCGUACGAAACACAUACAAGCAAGCAAGCUGGAUGCAGGAUCGGAAAGGGCAAGGACCAUUUUGAAGGGGAAGGGCAGCUCUCAAACGGGGCAGGGAAAAUGGCCGGUGGGGGUCAAAAAGGAUAUAUAAGCUAUUUUAUAACAGUUUAUUUAUUGGGUCCAAGAUCCAGACAUAUAUUGUAGCCGGGCGGAGAAACAUCUACCUAAAAUACACAUCCAGCAUACAAACAAACAAAAAAACAACAACACAGACAGUGAGAACAUCGUACACAAGCACUUUGUAAAAUAAGGUACAUUUUGAGAUGAUUGUUGUUUUGAGAAUGAAAAGAAAAGAAGGAAUCAAUAGGAGCAGAGUCGCGCAAAACGCAAUGACGAUGAGACAAAACGCACGACGGAGAUGCACAAUGCGCGGUAGCACGUGAAACAAUAGGAAGAAUCGGCCCCAGAAAUGGGGUCGUUUUUGUUUUUUUUCUGGUUUAAGUAUGGUUUUUUUUAAAUAACUAAGUGAACUUUCUUUUAUGAUUUGCUUACCCCUUACUGUGGCUUACUUGAACACCCGUUUGCAUUUCCUAUUGAAUUGAGGAAAUUAUAAAUCAUAGGCUACUUUGUUUGACACUUUAGCGAAGAAAAAGUGGGCGUGGCGUGCCGGCUUUCAUGGCUAGGCCACGCUGAACCAUUUUUUGACAGUGCGAAAUUAAUAUACAUAAUUUAAAGCACCUCAAAAGUAUGCUCAAAAGUAUGACCUAAAAGUGUCCUCAGCAACUAAUCAAUUUGUCGUCAUGUUUUCCCCCUUUUAUAAGCCAACAAAAAAACUUUUACAGUUUGUGUCGUCGGCUAGAGUAAUUUAUAUUAAGUGAGUUGUUUGUUAUAAAAUUAUUUUAAAUGUUUAACAUGCUUCCCUUCCUAUGAUUCGUUCACACACACACACCCUUACACUUCCAUCCCGAAUACGGUUUUUGAUAUUACACUUUUUGAUGGCGCACAAAAAAAACAGGGCAGAUAGUAGGUAGUGCACUCUACAGCAAAUGCAAGCGGACAUUGGGACAACGUUUCAACCGUUUGAAGCCAAAUUUAACAGCUGAUCGCGAUGAUAUUUCGCACAUUUUUUGCGCACAAAGAGAGAGACAAACAAAAGAAAGAAAGAGAGAGAGAGAGAGAGAGAGAGAGAGAGAGAGAGAGAGAAAGGCGAGCGAUUGCUUCCAAAAACUAUGCAAAAAAGCAUUAAAAAUUGUUUGAUGUUUGUACAGGAAUGGUGCUUCCUUUCUUUCUUACGCGCAACAGCAGGGAAAUUACUUUGUCAGUCGUUAUUGUUACGAUUUUAAUUACUUACCUUUGCUUUGGUGGAGGUUUCUUUCACAACCCAGUACGAAAUACUACCCAACACACACACACACACACGCACACCGCGCAAAAGCGUUGGAUAUUCGUUUAAAGAGAGAAAGAUUGUGUGUGUUUAAUUUCUUUUUUUUUUUGUUCUUAGCUAAGAUUUUUUCUAAUGUAAUGUAAGCAACAUAAAAAUACCGAUUCUAUGUUUUUGACUGUUUUAAAUUUAAUCACCAUUUCUUUCUUUUUCUUCCGCUCUUCUACAACUACUCUACCACCAAUAUAGAUUGGCGGAGUACUACGCGCACAAACAGGAAGAAGUAUUUUUUUGAAGCAAACAACAAAAAAAAGUAAUAAAAAUACAAACACCCAUCCUCCCCCUUGUGACCUUGACGAAA